AUGUGUCAUUCCUGCUUUGUUGCCUGGAAAUUUGCUUUUCUUGGGGGUAAUCAGAAGGCUGAAGAUCCAUACAGAGAUUAUAAUUAUUCUUUGGUGAUGGGAGCAUUUUCAAAUGUUAUUGGAUACAUGCCUGUUCCUGUUGGAGUAGCAGGGCCUCUCUAUCUGGAUGGCAAAGAAUUCCAGGUCCCUAUGGCCACCACUGAAGGCUGUCUUGUGGCUAGUACCAACAGGUUGGUUGUAGAGAGGGGUUGUAGAGCAAUAUGUCUUGGUGGAGGAGCAACUAGCUGUGUUCUAGCAGAUGGAAUGACCCGAGGACCUGUAGUAAGAUUUCUCAGUGCAUGUGACUCUGCAAAGAUGAAGACUUGGCUUGAAAGCCCUGAAGGCUUUCAAUUAAUAAAGGAAGCAUUUGACAGUACCAGCAGAUUUGCAUGUCUUGAGAAAGUGCACAUUAGUCUGGCUGGUCGCAAUGCCUAUAUCCAUUUCUAAUCCAAAACAGGGGAUGCCAUGGGAAUGAACAUGAUUUCAAAGGGUACAGAGAAAGCACUUGCAAAACUUAAUGAAAUUUUCCCUGAAAUGCAAAUUCUAGCUGUUAGUGGUAACUAUUGUACAGACAAAAAAGUUGCUGCUAUAAAUUGGAUAGAAGGAAGAGGAAAAUCUGUUGUUUGUGAAGCUAUCAUUCCAGUAAGAGUUGUCAAAGAAGUAUUAAAAACCACUACAGAAGCUUUGGUUGAAGUUAAUAUAAGCAAGAAUUUGGUGGGCUCAGCCAUGGCUGGUAGCAUAGGAGGCUAUAAUGCACAUACAGCCAAUAUUGUAACUGCCAUCUUCAUUGCUUGUGGUCAGGAUGCAGCACAGAAUGUGGGCAGCUCUAAUUGCAUCACUCUUAUGGAAGCAACAGGAACCUUAAAUGAAGACCUGUAUAUCAGUUGUACUAUGCCAUCCAUAGAGAUAGGAACUGUUGGUGGAGGAACCAACCUGCUACCACAGCAGGCCUGUUUGCAGAUGCUAGGCGUUCAAGGAGUGUGCAAAGAUAACCCUGGUGAAAAUGCCCGUCAACUUGCAAAAAUAGUAUGUGGUAUCGUUAUGGCUGGGGAAUUAUCACUGAUGGCUGCAUUGGCUGCAGGACACCUAGUCAAAAGCCACGUGAUCCACAACAGGUCAAAAUUAAACCUACAAGAGCUCUGCACCAAAAAGUUGGCUUGAGUGUCACUGAAGUUCUGAACUCAAGCAUGAGAAACACACGACGCAGAAAGACACACAAAGUUAAACAUCUGGAAUGGAAUCCAUUAUGUUUCCUAUGAAGUAAAAUAAAAACAAAAAACAGGUAGCAAUCAUGGUCUCAGACAAAACAAAAGCAAAAAUACAGUUAACUAAAAGAAUUUUACUUUUAGGGUACCAUAGACAAGGUUGUAAUGUCAGUAGUAAACAUAUCCACCAAAUGGCAUAGUAUCCAAAUUUUUAAAGAGAAAAUUUAAGGAGUUACAGGAGGAAAUAGAAAACAAAACUAUACUUGUUAGAGACCUCAGAACUAGACUUCUCUCAGAAUUAGACAAAUCUAACCAUAAAUUAAAAAAAGACGAAAGUUAAGGAAAUGAAUGGAAUAUUAGAAGUUAGCUAUGAUAGACAUCUGGAGAAAACUGAAUGGGAAUAUAACAUUUUUUUCAACUGUACAUGGCACCUUCAAAAAACUGAUAAUGUAUUAAGACAUAAAAAUGCAACA